CUUGGAGAUGCAGGCACGCGAUGUCUGCUGGAAAGCAAGGGGGAAAUUUAGCGACCCGUAGACGCCACAACCAGAAACUCACAUUUGAUGCAAUUGUUCGCUCACGCUUCGAAGCUUCGAGAGGUGACGCUGCGCUUCACAGAUGGGUCCGUUCCGGGGCCCGCUGCCAUGGAGACCCGCCCGUUUGACGUGUCCGCUAGCGCACCGCUUUUCACUCUCGACGGGCCCGGGGAAGCGCCACACAGACAUCAAUUUCUCCAAACUUUUCCAGCCUAGUCUCACCGCAGAUUGCAUUCUGAGUUUGGCGUCACCCCAGCACCGACCAUGGGGGAUACGCAAAACCUCCGUCGGACCCUUGUUCUCUAUGGCUCCGAAACAGGAAAUGCCCAGGAUGUUGCUGAAGAGAUGGGAAGGCUCGCUGAGCGCCUGCGCUUCGACACGGAAGUCGCAGCACUGAAUGUAGUCAGCCUAAAGCAAUUGCUGCAGCACGAUGUCGUUCUGAUCUCAAUAUCCACCACCGGACAGGGCGAUCUGCCACCGAACAGCCAGGCCUUCUGGAAGGCGCUGCGCAGUGCUCGACUUCGACCAGGAUGUCUGCAGCGAAUGAGGUUCGCGUCCUUUGGACUCGGUGAUACAUCGUAUCCCAAAUACAACUGGGCGCAUCGUAAGCUCUACAAUCGUCUCGUCCAGCUUGGGGCUCAGCCAAUAUGUGACCGUGGAGAGUCUGAUGAACAGCAUCCCGAGGGUAUUGAUGGCUCGUUUCUCCCAUGGACUACGACUUUGCGCAACAGUCUCCUUGAAGAGUAUCCUCUGCCUGAGGGCACAGAGCCGAUACCGGACAACGUCCUUCUAGAUCCAAAAUGGCUGCUUGACUUCGCAGGGACAGAAGGUACAGCACCAGCAGAUGUUCAUGCGGUAUCAGAGACCAAUGUUGAUGCAGCAGAAGUCCCAUCUCAGGAUUUGCUCGACAUUCCUGGUGGUCUUAUAGCUAAUGUCAAAUUGAACGAGAGAGUGACACCCACAACGCACUGGCAAGAUGUGCGCCACCUCAAGCUGGAUAUCGAAGGCUUACACCCGUACGUUCCAGGAGAUGUCUUGACAAUAUAUCCGAAAAACUUCCCCUCAGAUGUUGACCACUUUCUUGCCAUCAUGGACUGGACGCCCAUCGCCGACAAGCGCAUAAAGUUCACGCCUUCUUCUCCGUCUGUCUCUCCCACCUCACGUCUUCCCGUACCCACUCUCUCGUCCACCAGUACAACAACCCUCCGACAACUUCUUACGAAUCAUCUUGACAUACUUUCCAUUCCACGACGCUCAUUCUUCGCCCAACUCGCCCACUACACAAAUGAUGAGUUUCACCGAGAUCGGCUCCUGGAGUUCACGAAUCCAGAAUAUCUCGACGAGCUGUACGACUACACGACACGCCCACGUCGCAGUAUACUGGAAGUACUGCAAGAGUUUGAAAGUGUGAAGAUCCCAUGGCAGAGGGUGUGCAGCAUCAUCCCCACUCUCCGCGGGAGACAGUUCAGUAUAGCGAGUGCAAUGACUGAGAUCCCUACUACUGUAGGAGACAAAGGGUCAAGCACAAGAGUAGAGCUUCUCAUUGCAAUCGUCAAGUACAAGACGGUGAUUAAGAGGAUCAGACAAGGUGUAGCCACACGAUACAUCGCCAGCUUCACACCAAACCAAAGGAUCACCGUCACGUUGUCGCGCGGUGGACUCGGCGUCACGCAGAAGGAGCUCGGCAGGCCAGUCGUCAUGAUCGGCCCAGGCACUGGCGUAGCACCCAUGCGCGCCCUGAUACAGCAGAGAAUACAAUGGCGCGCCCAAAUUUCACCAUCUCAGGAUGUCGCAUCAAAGGACUUGCUAUUCUUCGGCUGUCGAAACGCAGAAUCAGACUACUUCUUCAAAGACGAGUGGCAAGAUCUUAUCGCCAAGGGUGGACCACUGGAAGUCCUCACAGCGUUCUCGCGAGACCAGCGAAAGAAAGUCUACGUCCAGGACCUUAUCCGGCAACAAAGCGCUCUCGUGCACGACGCUAUCGCCAACAAGAACGGGAUCGUAUUUAUCUGCGGCUCCUCGGGCAAGAUGCCGCAAGCCGUGCGCGAGGCGCUGAUCGAAGGGUUCCAGGAACACGGCAAGUUGAGUAGGGGGGAUGCAGAGGCGUAUCUGGUGGCGUUGGAGAAGGAUGGACGGUAUAGACAGGAGACAUGGUAA